AUGCAACUACGAGCCAGGCGUCGCUAUCGAACAUUGUUGCGACAGGCACAGGCUUUAGAGAAACUUGGUAAAACCGAUGAAACACUUGCUAUAGAACUUCGGAGGCUUGAGCAAGACGAUCCAACUUUAAAAGAACGGGUAACAUGGGUUGAGGGUAGAGACAAAUCAAAUGUGGAUUCUUCAGUGAAGCAAGAUACUCUUGAAUCAAGCUCUGUCUCCACGACACCAUCCACUUUUCCCAUUUCUUCGUUUUCAGUAAAGGAAAAGGAGAGUGAAUCUAAUUUUUCGGUGACAUCGUCAAAGGGGAAUCUCUCAGAUCAACCGAAAAGCACGGAUUGCGUGAGUGAUGAAAGUUCUGACGCUGCCUCACCCUUCAGUGGGGGAGGCGCCUUUUUAUUCUGUGCUGCAACCAUAUGGAGUGAGGCCCAUGUACCGACUUCGCUUAGUGUAUUUUCUUAUUGUAUGAUUACGUUUUUGACCAUUCUCACUUCAGUGCUUCAUCGCUACGUUGUAGAUCCAAGUUCUAUGCUUGGCGAACUCAUCUCACCCGUGUUGUUUAGUUGCUUAGUUCAUUUUCAAGGUCUUAUGCUUAUUCAUUGGAAAAUGCCAGGAAGAAUAUCCAGGGCAAUGCUGUCGGUUUACCUGUUUUUUGAUUUUUUGCCAUCGAUGGUGUUUGUAUUUGUUGUUUACACGCUAACAGCAACUAUUAUGGAACUCGUGGAGCACCAUUUUUACUGGUCGUUGAAAGCGACGACUGGGUGUGUGGUCAUGAACCGUGAAAACAGCCAGAGGAGUAUACCAAUGGGAGUAAUGAUUUGA